GGAGUGGAAAAAAAGGUUCUAUUAUUAUCGUUUGGUCGAACAAAAACUUCACCGCACGUGCAUUUAGUAAGCAUAAAUGAAGUAGCCUCAAGGCAAGAUUGAUUGAUUCCUCUCUCUCUCCCUAUCUUUCUCACCUUUCAACAUCUUCAUCUUCCUUAAAGAAUAUUGAAACUCCUCAUAUUUGAAAAAAAAAGUUUCAGAACAUAUUUUCUCAAGUUUGCCAGUUGAAUUAGUUUUUAUUUGAGUUGUUCUGAGCUUUUUUAUUUAUCGUUUGCUUUUUAACAAUUGUAUUUGAUUGAGAGAGAACAGGUGAUAUUUUUUUUCGUAAAGAUGUGAAUUUUCAAAUUUCUACAAAACUUUUAGUUUAGUUUCAAUUCCGUACUGCAGGUUUUUAUAAAUUAAAAUAGUGCCAAUUAUUUCGAACAUUUGAAGCUGAUUGUGAUUACCAAACUGUUUUCAAGUUCAAAUUUCACUGAAGUCUUGUAUCAUUAGUUAGAUUUUUGGAAAUAUUCUUAAUCAACAUGUUCUACGCACAGAAACUUAAUAUAUUUACAACUUUCAUCGUCAUCUGUUCCCUUUUUUGCUUUUGGAGUGUUCGAAGUCAAGAAUAUGGAACAACUUUGACUUUAAAUCAAGGUUUAGUCAUUGGACGAAUUCUAAAAACGUCAAAUGGACGUGAUUUUUAUGCUUUCCGAGGAAUACCAUAUGCGACCCCUCCAAUAGGUAUCCUAAGAUUUAAGGAACCACUCAUGUAUCCAGGCUGGGCUGGAACUCUGGACGCCAGAGAUUACAGAUCAGUCUGUCCACAGAUUGACCUUCAAGGUCGUGUAAAGGGAAAUGAGGAUUGUUUGUUUAUCAAUGUGUUCACCCCCAAUAUACCUGCUACAGGAUCAUUUUCAUCUGUCACUUAUCCCGUUAUGAUCUUCAUCCACGGAGGAAAUUUUGAAGAAGGAUCAGCAAAUAUUUAUGGUCCGGAAAAACUGAUGGAUAAAGGAAUAAUUCUGGUCACUUUCAACUACAGGAUAGGUGUAUUUGGUUUCUUAAGCACUGGUGAUCAAGCCAUUUCCGGUAACAUGGGAUUAAAAGACCAAGUUUUAGCCAUUAAAUGGGUGAGAGAGAACAUAGAUCGUUUUGGUGGUGAUCCUAACGCUAUCACUCUUUUCGGACAAGGGUCAGGAGCUGCAAGUGUAUUCAUGCAUAUACUUUCUCCCAUGAGUCAAGACUUGUUCAACAGGGCCAUCAUGCAAAGUGGUUCAGCUCUCUGCGAUUGGGCUUUAGAAGGUGAUCCGCACGGCUAUGCUCGAGAAAUUGCACAGCGAUUGGGUUGCUCAAUCAGCUCAUCGGCAACUAUACUUGACUGUGUUAGACAAAAAACUUUUCAAGAGAUACUCAAUGCACAAAAGGAUAGUAAAAUCUUUGGAGAUUUUCCUUUAAGAGCUGUCCCAGUUGUUGAAAAGAGUGGCGACAAAAGAUUUCUGACAGACACGCCUUUAAACUUACUAAACGCUGAAAAUUUCAGAAGAAUACCUUUAAUGGCUGGAAUAAACAGAGAUGAAGGGGCUUUCUUUUAUCCUUUGCUCUUGAAUACAUAUCGAGAUGCUCUGAGGGACAAUCCGAAUUUCCUCCGAACACAUCUAAUUCCAAUGUUCAUUCUAACUACGACAAACAUAAGAGGCAAUGUGGAUUCUGUAUCAGAGACAAUAAUGUUUGAAUACUUCAAUCGCAUCAACCACUCCAAUGUAUCCCAAAUUUUACAACCCUUCAUAAACAUGUCGACGGAUGCUAUGUUUACCGCAUGCAACGAUAUAACAGUGCAUUUAUAUGCAUCUAAAGGUGCACCAGUUCAUAUGUACACUUUUGAAUACAGGGGCGAGAAUAGCAUGGUCGAAAUAGAACACGGCACACCCAUUGCUUAUUUUGAUCCAGGUGUUUCACAUGGAGACGAAUUGUUGUAUCUAUUUAACUUAGACGUAGAAGGACUCAGACAGCCCUCUUUAUUAGAUAAUUUAGUUAGCGGACGUGUUGUUUCCCUUUGGACGGAUUUUGCAAAAUUCGGGGAAGCUCCACAGUACGUGAAUUACGAAUAUCCUCGUUGGGAGACUUACAAGCCAGACACACAACGUUACUAUCGAAUCGAAAGAGACUUACGUCCAGAAUCAUUUUACAAACAAAGAGCUGUCGACAUGUGGACAAGACAUCUCCCUGCAUUGGCGGAGNAUGACAACACCAACCACAAGCCCACUCAUUCAAGACACGCGAGCCGAGAGUCUGUACAGAACACUUGCUUGGGCUAUGGUCUCAAUUUCCAUUGCACUACUAGUUGUUGUGGUAGUUCUGCUGGUUGUACUUUACAACCAAAAGAAGAGCCAAAGCUUCAAGGCCAGCACUGAAAAUCAAUCUAGAAUAUCUGGUUCCACUCUUUACUAAAGGAAGAGAUUCAUAGAUAUUCCUCGUGAUUUUCAAAGCACGGAUCCAGAAUGAAAUAUAGGAUAAUUGUGUUUAAAUAGGUGAUAUACGAGUUUGCAAGGCGCCUUUACUUAUUGAACAACUCUUAAUUGAUCAACUUUGGCUUUUUUUUCUAAGGGACAAAUCAUCGAAAAAAAUUUACAGUAAACUCUCGAUCAUUCGCGUCUUGGCUAUGGAGCAAAAUCUUGCAUGUAGAGAAUUUUAGGACUAAUUGACUUUUUAUAUACUUCUCAUAUUUUGUCCAUAAGAAAUUCUGUUUCAAUGGUACUUUGUCUACGUUAGGUGCUGCUUUAUAUUUUGCUAGUUUGAGACCUGUUCAAAUUUUUUUCCUGGCAAGAUUCUGUGCGCCAUUAAUCUGUAUGAUAUUCUUAUCUUCAAAAUAUCAAACACAAUUUUUAAUUACAACCAGUACAGGGUGCGUAGCCAGAUUUUUCAACGAAAAAUAAGCACCUUUUAAGUACUCAAAAAUAUUUUUUAUCACUUUC